CUCAAACUUCUUGGGCUAUCCCAUCUCCACCAGAACUGCUUGGAUGGUGAUGCUGGCUGUCUCUUCUAUUAUCGCGUUCACUCUCCAAGUGACAGAUAAAUGCUCCUUUCUUUCCAAUUUCAGAAAAGGACCAACCUAGGAAUUUAUACUAUGCCCCAGAUGCCGCACAAGCUGGGCCAAUCUACCCUAGCCCGACUUCCUUUAGGCUUUUCUCAGACUCCUGGUUUGAUGAACUCAACCAUCUCUAUAAUUUGGAGAUGUCCUCCACUUUUUUUUUUUUUUUUUGGCUUUGCCAUUUGGCUUGUAGGUCUUAGUUCCCCAACCAGGGAUGGAACCUGUUCUCCCUGCAGUGGAAGUGUGGAGUCCUAACCACUGGACCACCAGGGAAGUCCCUCACUUCUUUACAAAAUUCCUUUCCUGCUUUGUGCUAGGAGGGAACAGGGGUGGACACAGCUUAAUCCAGAUAGAAAGUCAGGAUUGAUCUGGCUUGGGAGGGAAGAGGAGGGUUGGUUGUAGCCAGACAGGGGAGAGGGAGAGGGAUUAAGGACACAUAAGAUAGUAUCUGUGAUGAACAGGACUAGGGACUAUGGGCAGUUAUUUCAAAGCCCAGGACUGAGUGGAUGAGGUCUGCAUUGAAGGACCAAGAACCCCAAGACUCAGCUGGAGGUCAGGGGCACCUGGGUAAAUGGCCUCCGAGGGGAUAAGGGCAACUAUUCAUUUCCUUUCUUCUCACUCCAGCCCCAGGAUGUUGACUACUGCUCUUCUCACCCUACUUUGUGCCUCAGCCUCUGCCACAGAGAUUCAGCCCAGGGACUCCUCCUACAGUGGAGAAUAUGGAGGCGGGGGAGGAGAGCGAUUCUCCCAGUCUGGAAACUAGCUGGAUGGCCCCAUCACCGCCAUUCGCCUCCGAGUCAGCAAUUACUACAUCGUAGGUCUCCAGGUGCGCUACGGCACAGUGUGGAGCGACUAUGUGGGUGGCACCUCGGGAGACCUGGAUGAGAUCUUUCUCUACCCUGGGGAAUCCAUUGUCCAGGUGUCGGGAAAGUACAAGACCUACCUGAGAAAGCUGGUCUUUGUGACGGACAAAUUCCGCUUCCUGUCUUUCGGGAAAGACACAGGCACGAGUUUCAGUGCUGUCCCCCUGUACCCCAACACUGUGCUACGAUUCAUCAGUGGCCGAGCUGGCUCUCUUAUUGAUGCCAUCGGCUUCCGCUGGGACCUCUACCCCUCUGAUUACGAGAGCUGCUGAGUUGCACUGCAACCCUACAAUGGGGCCUGGGAACCCACUCACCACU